AUGAACCCUGGCGUAGAGGUCCCCGUGUUGUUCUAUCCCCAGGACGUCAAGGUUCGGGCAAUGGAGAAGGCGGCCACUGCCAAGGCUCACUUUGAGACGUACUACAAUGACUUGUUGCAGGACGGUCCGUCACCUCGCUCCGCAAGGCUUGAUGGGAUGAGGUCCGUCCUAGAUAGCAGCCCCAUGGUACUACCUGAAGACAGGAAGGAGCUCGAAACCGCCUUCUUUCAACAGGAGACCCAUCAUCUGCGGCAGUCCAGGGUUCUGAAGUGGGAAAGUCUUCGCGCUGCUAAUCGCCUUGUCGAUAACGGCCAAGGACCAUGCGUGAAGAACUACUCGACGCUCAAGAACUUGGGCAAGGGAAGCUUUGGCGUUGUACGCCUGGUUCGAGAAAAAGGUGACGGAGACCUCCAGAGCGGUCAACGGCGCCAGAAGAAUGUGUACGCCAUGAAGGUGAUCAGAAAGACAGACAUGAUCCGCAGUUCCCAGGAAGGCCACCUACGAGCCGAGCGGGACUUCCUCAUUGCGUCCGAGACCUCUGAAUGGAUAGUCCAGUUGAUAUCCAGCUUUCAGGACGCUACGAACCUUUAUCUCGUCAUGGAGUACAUGCCCGGAGGCGACUUUCUUGGUCUUCUCAUCCGCGAGAACAUCCUGGAGGAGCAUGUUGCCCGCCAUUAUGUCGCUGAGAUGGUGGUUUGCGUGGAGGAGGCCCAUCGUCUGGGCUUCAUACAUCGCGAUGUCAAGCCUGACAACUUUCUCAUUGAUGCCCAUGGCCACCUGAAAAUUUCCGAUUUUGGACUGGCCUUUGACGGUCGAUGGCAGCAUGACACGGCUUACUACCUCUGGCAACGCGACGACCUCAUGCGUAAUCUGGGCAUCGCUGUCGAGGGCGAUGCGACCGAUCAGAAGGAGGACACAAAAACGUCAAAGGCGCACAAGCGCCACCAAGAUCGGAUCCCCCUCGUCGGCAGCCUGCUAGAUUGGCGGGCCACCAGAAACCGCACAUACGCCAAGUCUGUUGUUGGCACCAGCCAUAUUGGCAUCAUCCUGUACGAGUGUCUGUACGGGUGCACGCCGUUCCUUGCUGAAGGAGGCCGUCAUGACACGAAGAAGAAGAUCCUCGCCCACGAUGCAUCGACCUUUGAAUUCCCGCGAGACAUACCCGGCGUCAGUUACGAGUGCCAGCACCUCAUUUUACAGUUGCUUCAGAACCAAGAAUGCCGGUUGUCAUCUCCAAAGUACCGCAGCCAAGAUCCUCUUGCACCACAGCACUAUGUGUUUGCCGAGGACGAUGCGAUCGACAUCAAGAACCACCCCUGGUUUCAGUAUCUUGAUUGGAACCAUCUGCACCGGAUGACGCCUGGUUUCGUACCACACCUCCAUGCGUCGGACGAUACACGCUACUUUGACGAGGAUGAGCCCGUCUCGGACUGGUCAGAGACGGUGGAGUCGGAAGAACCCGUCAUUUCGCCGCACAAGAUGAAGCGACUGCUGCGGCGUGAAGGGUUCUGCAGCCGGUCCAUUGGCAGCUUCAUGGGGUACAUUGCAACGCCUUUCGACACGACAAGACUACGGCAGAUUGACCAACGAAUUGAAGGCAAGGCGCACUUCAGCGAGGAAGACAAACACGUCCUCAAGUAUCUCGUGCGAAAGUUUGGAUGCAAAGAGCGCAAGGGGGCGCGGGACAUUCUUCUGCGAGACCCCACGACGCGGCGAGACGUCAUGAACGUGCGAAAGCAGAAGGCUUUUGUCGACUACACGUGGAAAAGGGCGCCGGCGCCGCCUUGCCUGCCGGUUGCCGCGGUAGACGAUGAUGGCGUGUGCUACCAUGAGGAGAUGACGGAGACGUACCAGCAGGAACGACACGCGUACGAGGCCUAUGCUGCACAAGGGACGUACUGGGAACUGGAUGGACAGUAUGAAAUAGGUGGAGGCCCGUACGCCAUGGUCAACACCAUGUACUGGCAGGGGCAGCAGCAGUACGAGCAGCGGCUCGACAGACCGUACUUUUGGGACGGACAGUAUCGAUAG